AUUCUAGUAAAUACUUGUUAAAUUAAAUUAAUAAAAGGUUUGUUUAUGGGUUUAUUGAAUUAAUAUGCGGGUGGUAACAAGUGGUGCGUAUUUGGGCGCAAUAGAGUUGUGUUUUUAAAAGGCAAGUAAAAUGCAGGUGCAUAUGAAUUUCACCAAAACACAAAUGUCCUUGAAAAUACAAAUUUUCUUUAAUUCUAAAGAUCACAUGAUGGCGAUAUCGGGAUCCAAUUGGCUGGAGAGGAGCGUGCCCUGCGUACCGCUGAUGCGCAUUAGUGAUUACAAAAUGCCGUCAGAGUCUAAACCUUUGUUGACAGCUCAGACGGAAAAGCCAAAUCAUUACUCAUAUUUAAAAGAAUUUCGCGUCGAGCAAUGCCCGCUCUUCUUGCAACACAAAUGUACACAGCAUCGUCCAUUCACCUGUUUUCAUUGGCAUUUUAUGAAUCAACGGCGACGAAGGCCCGUACGACGCAGAGAUGGAACCUUUAAUUAUUCUGCAGACAAUUACUGCACUAAAUAUGAUGAGACAACUGGUAUUUGUCCCGAUGGAGACGAUUGCCCCUAUCUUCACAGAACCGCUGGUGAUACAGAACGAAGAUAUCACUUGAGAUAUUACAAGACGUGCAUGUGCGUUCACGACACAGAUUCCAGAGGAUAUUGCGUUAAAAACGGGUUGCAUUGCGCGUUUGCGCACGGUAGUCAUGAUCAUAGGCCUCCAGUCUACGAUAUUAAAGAAAUACAGGCCCUUGAGGCGUCAGAAGCAGAAGGUAGUUGCUCAGCAAAUGGUCCAAACGCCUUGGACAAAGAAAGAAAUUUGAUGAACGAGGACCCCAAAUGGCAAGCAAUGUUUCUUUUAGACACAAAUUUCGUUUUAUCUAAUUAUAAAACAGAGCCCUGUAAAAGACCGCCUAGGUUGUGUAGACAAGGUUAUGCCUGUCCUCAAUAUCACAAUAGCAAAGAUAAAAGAAGAAGUCCUCGGAAAUUUAAAUAUAGAUCAACACCUUGCCCGAAUGUAAAGCACGGGGAGGAAUGGGGUGAACCUGGUAACUGUGAUGGUGGUGAUUUGUGUUCAUAUUGUCAUACUAGAACGGAACAACAAUUUCACCCAGAAAUUUACAAGAGUACCAAAUGUAAUGAUGUACAACAAUCAGGGUAUUGUCCCAGGGGCGUAUUCUGUGCAUUUGCUCACGUAGAACAAGAGAUGGGUGUACAAAGAGAUACAGGUGACUGUGGCACAAAUUUAGCGGAAAUCCUAUCAAACGCUCUUCCCAUCGACAAGAACAAAGAAAAAAGUAGUGAUAGUUCAAAUGGCAGUAGCGAAGUAAGCGAGUCUGCGUCCACGUCGUCGCUAGGUUCGAAUAGUUCGCAUAGCAAAGCGCCCGGUUCCCAACUAACCCACAAACCAUCCCCGUUCCAAAGACAUCCCACAAUAUGCUUAGAAUUAACCAAUAAAUUGUUAGCGAUCGAAAAGGACCCGACACUAGACGCGAUAGAAAGGGAACAAAGGAAACAAAAUUUGUAUUAUGCUUAUAGCAAUUUAGGAGCUUCGUAUUUCAGUACGGGGAACGACACCAUGGAAAGUGUUGUUGAUGAACUUAUAUUGGAAGAUUUGAAUUUAUCCACACUGGACAGGGAUUCCGAUUCGCCCAAUGUCUCAAAUUCGAUAUCCGUGGGGCUCGCCUCGUCCGCCGGCCUAUUGGGCAGUUCCGCCCCUGUAAACAUUCCAAAUGCCAGGGCCGCACUUGGCGGUUUCAGCCCGACAGGCAACAGUCCCCUGCAACCGUUCCUAUCUGCUGCUAGGUUUUCUCAGUCUGACAUAGACUUCCUACACAAUUCUCAGAUGCCACUCAGUUCUAGCGCAUCGAAAAAUUACCAAUCGUUUUUUGAUUUUCAAGCGCAAAGCAUAUCGCCCAACUCUAGGAAUCACAAUAAUUUUAGCAUGUCGCCUAGCGUCAAUAGCAAUUUAGAGGUGGCCAGGUUAAGAGAGGAACUCAGCUCUUGCAGACUCCAACUGAACAACUGGGAGGAAAGACUGGGCCAAGCGCGCAGCGCAUGCGACGCGUGGCAGCGCGAAUCCGAAGACUUGACGCGCAAAACGCAGCAAACGGAGAGCAAACUGAACGAAACCCUGACCCAAUACAACUCUCUCAAGGCCGAGUACGAGAACCUGCAGGGCGGACCGCACAUACGCAGCAUAACGAAAGUGAGCGAGCUGUCGAAGCUUUCUCUGAGCGUCCUGAAGAACUUGCACGCGCAGCUCAGGCAAGAUUUGGAGGAGAUCGAAAAGGUUUUGUAUCGCGAGACCGCGUCCAAGUGCAUGGUUUGCGAAGAGAAGAAUCGCACCGUCACGCUCAAUUGCAAUCACUUCGUGCUGUGCGACGCGUGCGCGGCCACGCAGAACGAAUGCCCGUACUGUCAGACGCCCACCAACUUGAUCAGCAACAUGUGAAGAUGCGAUGCUUAGGCUUUGCAAACCAAGCGCCCCGGUUUCCUUAUCAUUUAAACUGAACCUAAACCUUACAGGAUGCACCAGUGUCUCUUCCAUGUUAGGGAAUUUGAAGAGCUACAAGGUAGGUUGCGUAAUUACGAGUCUAUUCAAAUGAAAAAAAAACUGAAAACCUGUCCAAACCUGACCUGAUCAAAAAUCGUCAUAACUUCGUAAUUCCUGGAAAUUUUGAAAAAAAGUAAGUUUAACACGUAAACAUACACAUUUAUCUUUAUUUUCAUCAAUAUUGUGAUUUUUUUGGUUUUUCCUAUGGCUGGAAUUUUACAAUUUUACAAGGAAUCCAAACUAUACUAGACUGAGCCAAAAAAAUCAUCUAUUUUUUUUUUUAAAGUAUAUCGAAAAUAUGGUUUGGGGCGACAAAAAAAAAUUAUUGUGAAAGCUUGAGUCCAUAAUAGUAAUAUUAAGAGGUCUAUCAUCGCAAUUUAAAAUAGUACAUUCUGUAACAAGUUUGGAAUACAGCAUAUUCCGCUCGAGGAAAAAUUUGACACACGAGCCGAAGGCGAGUGUGACGGUUUUACGAGAGUGGAAUAUGCUAUUCCAAACGUGUUUCAGACAUUAUUUUCUCUACGACUACGUAAGAAUAGUAACGCUUAUAUAAUUUUAAACAGAGAAAAGAAACCAAGCAGUUUUUGACAUUUAAGUUUUUGUAUUGUCAAACCAUUUUGUGCCGUCACAAUUUUAUAAUGUAAAUUAUAAUAAAUUUAAACAAAUGGUAUGCCUAAAUCUUUAUUAUAAUUAAAAAUAGUUAUUUACAUUAACUAAUAAAAAAAUAACAUUGUUACAAAUCUAUGUCAACAUCUAUUCUUUUUCUACAUUUUAAAGGUCUUUUUUUAACUUUUUGAAUCUGUCAAAACUUCAAAGCCGGUAUAGUAGGUAACUGGUUUAUCAUUUUAAUAUCAAAUUUAUUAUAAUUUUGAUUUGUAUAUUUGAAAAACAAUAAAUAUUUUUUGUGCCUAAACCUUAAUUAUACAACUGCUAUUAUUUUUUAAUUAAUAAAUAAUACAGUAAUAUUUAAAUAUUUUUAAAUUUUUUACGUUUAGUAAACAGCCAGGAGAUGUCGUUACUUGUGACCAUUCUUAAACAAGAGUAGGAAUAUUCUCGCACAGUAUUGCAGAAAAACAUCCUUUCUAUGAUCAAAAAUUACACUAGAAUGUUACUAUUCUUAAGUAGUCGUAGAGAAAAAUUUUUCCUGAGCUAGUUUUUGUCUCAGAACUCCCAAACCAUUGAGUUUAACAAAAUUGACUUGAAAAUAUUUUUUUAAGAAAAUUAAAUGCUCUACAAAAAAGGUUAAAGUGAAAUUUUUCGUCAGAUUAACCGUUUCCUUAAAAUCAUGCCUUAAAAAUUGGUAUAGUUUUACAUUUUGAUCUUUUAACUUUGGAAUUUUGUAAUUCAUGUAAAAAUCAGUACCCAGAAAAAAACCUAUGAACAAUCUUAUGGGAAAUCAAAUGGUUAUUCAAGGUUAAAGUUGAAGUCAAAACGAAAUUCUUGUUUUUUCCUCAGUAGAUUUAAUUUUUUAUGGAUGAUAAUUUGAUUUUUUUCUUUAUAAAUGUGUAUUAUAUAACUAAUUAAAAAUUUCCAAUAAAAAAACAACAUGAUUGUUAUUAUUUAAAUGAUUAAGUAGGUAACAGUGAAAAUAAUAUUUUCUAAAGAAAAUAGCUUCUUAAAGCGAAAAAAUUCGAAAGAGUUAUUUUUUUUUAAUUUUCAGUAAUUUUAUCAAUAACAUAAAGAUUAUCAUCGAUAAAAGAAUUCAAGUAUUUAACUGACCCCAAAAAAAAAUCUAGAGCGGAAAAAACAAGAAUUUCGUUUUGACUUCAAAUUUAACCUUCAAUAACUUGAUGGAGUGAAUUUAGCCAAAAAUGUUAGGAGACUUUUUUUGUAGAGCAUUUGAUUUCCCAUAAGAAUAUCUAUCAGUUUUUUUUUCCGGGUACUGAUUUUUCCCAUUCCAAUCAAACCUUUUUUGUAGAGCAUUCAAUUUUCUUUAAAAAAUAUUCUCAAGUCAAUUUUGUUAAACUCAAUGGUUUGCGACUCGCUCAGGAAAAAAAAUCUAAAAUUGCGAUGAUAGACCUCUUAAUAUUAAUGUCAUGGACUCAAACUUUCACCAUAAUUUUUUUUUGCACCCCAAACCAUAUUUUUUUGAUAUACUGCGCCUCAAAAUUAACGCAUAAGUAAAAAAACGCCUUUACCAAUCUUUAUGAAUUUUUUAUAAAAAUGCUUUUACUUAUACUUAGGAACUUAUAUCCUAGUUUACGUUUUCGAUGGUUUUUCGAGAAUAUAUUUUUAAAGCCCUCUUAUUUAAUAAAAAAACGUUCGAAAAUAACUUUUAAGGAUUUUUUUAAGUAAAUAAAAAUAUGCUGUUAAAGACCGUAUUUUUGUUAGUUACCCUGAAAAUGAUGUACAAAUCAAACGAACAGUAACGAAAAUACAGCGCUUCAAAGUCGUAAAAAAUGGCGCUUUUUUGAUUAUUUUACUGAAAAGUGGUCAUUUUUUACGACUUUAAAGGGCAGUAUUUUUGUUACUCUUUGUUUGAUUUUCAGGGUAUACCAACAAAAAUACGGUCUUUUACAGCAUAUUUUUAAUUUAUUUUAAAAAAAUUCCCUAUAGAAGUUUUUUUUCGAGCGUUUUUUAUAAUUAAAUAAAAGGGCUUUAAGGAUAUUUUCUCGAAGAACCCUUGAUAACGUAAACUGAGUUAUAAGUUAAAGUAUUUUUAUACAAAAUUUUAUAAAAAUUGGUAAACUCGUUUUAGAGUUGAUUUUUUUUUACUUGUUAUGCGUUAAUUUUGACACGCAGUGAAGGUUAUGGCGACCAUCAUAAAAAAGCGAUGGUCUCAAAAUAUCGUAGCGAAGAAAUGUGAUAAAAAUGUAGAUAAAUGUGAAACCAUGAAUAACAAAUUUAUGGCGAUUUUUUGUUAUGACAGGUUUUAAUUUUUAUCAAAUUAUUUGAGAAUUGCUAAAUUUUAUUUUAAUUGGCUGUAAUUACGCCACUUUUGUCUGAUAUAGCCAACGUGGUAGCUCUUCAAAUAAAAAAAUACACAUAAUAUGUGUAAUAUACAUAGAAGAACACUUAGUGCAAACAUAAUAUUAUGUAUACACAACUGAUUUGAAUCUAUAAUAUUAUUGUAGAUUCUUAUCUUUCCAAUUUGAUAAAAUAACAGGAUGUUAUAGUGUCAAGAUUUGAGAAUUCGCAAGACCAAUUAAGGGCCUUACAAAAUAAAUUAUGAGUAAUCAUUAAUUCCUGGCCUUAAUAUUUAAAAAGGUGAUAUUUUUAACCAACAAAAUGGUCAAAAACCUAAUCUAACCACAUUUUUACGCAAUGGUUAAAUUUAAUGUAAAAAAAAAACAAAUAACGACCAUUGAUUAUUUUUAAACAAAUUUAACUUAACAUAUAUUCCAACACAAAAAACUAAAAGUCAGAAACAUGAACUUGUGCCAUUUUAUUUUUAUUUGUAGUGUCCCAGGUUUUAGGUGCAGGACUUCCAGUUCACUAAAGUAAAAAGCCCAAUUUUUCAAAUUUGAAAAAAGUAUGUUUAAAAAAACAGGUUUUUUACCUGAAGAAACUUCCAUAUGUAUUAACUGAAAUAGCGUUUCACUUUUUGUUUUUAUGAAAAAAUAAACAAAACAAUUUACAACAAAGACCAGUGUCGCCAUCUAGAGUGUCUUAAAGACACCACAGUAGCAUACAAACUCCAAGGUUGAACCAAAUAUAUCCUGAAAAAAAAACAAAAGUGCCGCUUUGUUUAUUUCUAAAAAAACGCUUUAAAACCAAAACUUUUUUUUUCAGUUUACAUCACUACUGCAAUAUUGCUUUUUAUUUUCUGAAAUAUAAUAGUUUAAUUAUCCAAAUUUGGUAUGCAUUUAUAUAUUAAAGACGAUGUAAAGUUUUAUUUUAAUAUUUUACUGGGUUGCUACUAGAGAUUCAAAAUUUCCGGAAAAAUUGAGUGUCGGAAAAAAACCCUGUUUUUUUCCUGGAAAAAUUGGAAAAAAACGGAAAUUUUGGGAAAAAUUGAUAUUUUCUUAAAAACUAA